AUGAACAGGAGACUGGCCUUCGACAAUCGUCUGUGCUACGAGCGCGAUGUGAUCCGGCAGCAAGCGCUCCACCAGCGCAAGCUCGAGCAAAUGGUACCUACGAGCCACUCUCCGUCACGGGUGUACCUGGACAGCAAUGCACCCGUGCCUCAGCCGCACCUGGCCACCAACGCCAAGCGACAGCAGAUCGAGCGGGACCGACAGCUCGACAUUUACCACCAGAACCAGCGUCUAGCCAACAAGAUGGACCAGAUCAUGAACCGCCAGGAGAACGUUGUACUGGCUGCCUCCUCCUCGGCUGCCAGAACGAGGUUAGCUCCUCGCAGUCACCCCAAACCUGGCGAGCCUUUGAUGCCGAGAGUUCCAGUGGGAGGUGAUGCAACGUCUCGAGCGAAUACGCCUGGGACAACCCGCUCACCUCGAUAUCAAUUGCCCAGGAAGCCUGUACACAGUCCAGCUCACAUGCACAUGCCUGGAAUUCGGCUCGACGCGACGCAGACCCCUCUUCUGGAUUGCCACCUAUCGCCCGAGUAUGCGAUGGGUCGAGGAGAUGCCUGCAAGAAGCCGACGCUCGUGAAUCGCGCUGUUCAACGACGUCGACAGAAUGCUAUCGACCAGGAAAACCGGCGACUGAAGGAGAGACUGGCACAUCUGAAGCCGUACUACAACACCAAGAAGUGGGAUGGCGAGUGGCAGCAGCAUGCGCACAAGUUCAGCCACGUGCAUCAGGACGCCACGGUCGGAUACCUGUUGCCGCACCCCAAGACGCCAGCCAAAAAACUGUUGGCUUCGCCUUCACGAGGAGAAAACCCGCACGUCCGGGAACUUCCGCCUUGCUUACUGUUGGAGGCCACGACGCGACAAGGAGUUGAGGUGUUGCUGGAUGAGCUGCAGAUCGAGCUAACCCGAUCUGGCAUCGCUGAGCUCGGAGAUCGUGGACUGCUGAUUCGUGGGUCCUGGAAAGACGGUAUUCUCGGUGAAUUUCUGGUGGAUCACGACAAGCUGGUGCAAGUCGCUCAGAUUGUGGACGACCUCGAGAUCAUGAUUAAGCUCGAGACGGUGUCACAAGUACCGAAAGCUGGAAAUGUUCCAAGUCUCUCAUCAUUGUUGACCGACGACGAGCUUCAGAAACUUUUGGUUGGAGUGGUGCAACAAUUGCGCUUCCAGGUGGCUCCGACUCCACCGAAUACCGCAUCAAGCUCGCUACUGUUAAUUUCCUGGGUACUACCGAUACGAGGGUCGAACGAUCGCGGCGGUUUCCAAUCUGGUAGCUUUAAUUCUCCACGGGAGCGUUUGCGACCGCGAACAUGCCCGUCGACGAUUGUGAGCGAGAGUGAAGGCCCGAAAUACAGCUCCGACCAGCCAGGUCAAGAUUACCAAUACGACUUUGACGGUGGUGGCCAAAUGUUUGGCGCUGAAGCAGACACAGAUCCCCUCGGGAUCGACUGGGCCGUUAGAUUCAAGAUGGCGGCGCUCCUGAACUUAGACGGUCGACGUUGGCGCAUGGUACUGCGCAAAGGAUUGGUGAUGUACCUCAUCUCCUCGUGGUUUGAAGAGGAGACGGGGGUGCACACAAUUAGAACGGUCGGUGUUGGGGCAGCCAGCGACACUGAUGUACCGUUAGUUGAGAUUUCGUACGAUAUCGGCGAGAUGCAAGAGCUACUUCGACAACUUGAAGGAGGUACGCUAACUGUACCAGCACUGCUGAAGAAAACAGUGAUGCCAUUACUUCCUUAG